AUGAAGACAUCAAAUGUCCUUGUUCUCAUCUUAGUCCUGCAUUACAUCAAUGCCAGCACAGAAUGGCCUACGCACACAGUCUGCAAAGAGGACAACUUGGAAAUACAUUACAAAAGCUGUGAUCCCCAGCAAGAUUUUGCUUUCAGCAUUGACCGUUGUUCUGAUAUCACAACCCACACCUUUAACGUCAGAGCUGCUAUAGUCCUAAGACACAGCAUCAAGGAACUGUACGGCAAGGUUGACCUGAUCAUAAAUGGGAAGACUGUCUUAACCUACUCAGAGACACUUUGCGAGCCGGGUCAUUCUAAGCUUAUUUUCUGCGGAAAGAAGAAAGGAGAACACCUCUACUAUGAGGGACCAGUCACACUCGGGAUCAAAGAAAUCCCACAAGGAGAUUACAUUAUUUCAGCAAAGCUGACUAAUGAAGAUCACGCCACUGUCGCUUGUGCUGAUUUUACCGUGAAAAAUUAUUUAGAGUAUUAUUAGCAACAAACCAAUUUCAUGAAAGCUACUGACUACAAAAGCUAUUCAAGCCAAGUGAGCUGCUUGCAUGCUACAAUGAUUCUGAAGGAAGUAAUCCCCACAUGGUGGUUCUGAUGUUAUUCCUCUUUAUAAUUCACUAUAUUCAAGAAGUCGCUAGACCCUCUA